AUGCAUGAAGGAGGUUUGAGAUACCAUUGGAUGAGGUGGAAGGAAUUAUGCUUGCCUCAGGAUGGAGGGGGAGUGGGCUUUCGAGAUAUGGAACAUGUUUAUGUUGCAUUUUCGAUGAAGUUGUGGUGGCAGUUUCGUCAGGGAGACUCGUUUUGGACAAGGUUUAUGGCAGCAAAAUAUUGCCCCCAGGCAUAUCCUUGUAUGGUAGAUGUGUUCCGAGGAGACUCGCACAUUUGGAGGAGAAUGUUAGCGACUCAAAAGCAGGCAAAGCCGAAUAUGAUUAGCUUAUUGGGAUAUGGGGUUAGUAAUUUCUGGUUCAAGAAUUGGUUGGGCUCGGGGCCAUUAUGCCAAAGGCUAGAGAAUCUAUUGAAUCACCAGGUGCAAGAUUUUGUGUCUUCUGGUCAAUGGAAUCAACAACUUUUGUUGCAAUGGGUUCCUUCUCCAGUAGUAGCAAAAAUUUUGAGGAAAGAUCCCCCUUCGUCAUAUCAGUCCGAUCGAAUAAUUUGGAAGACAUCCCAAUCAGGUGUUUUUCUUUUGUUGCAGAAUCGACUUCUAGUUGCAUCUUUCGUCGUGAAGUUUGGUGUCCAAGGACCAGCAAAAUGUUUCUGUUGUGCUCAGUUGCAAGCAGAGAUGCUGGAUCAUGUGUUCUUGGAAGGCGAUUUUGCAUUACAAUUGUGGCAAUUUUUUGGUUUGGUGGCAGGUAUUACCUAUUUGGGAAGGGGAGUGAGGUCAAAGCUAGCGGCUUGGUGGUUUUGCCGUAGCUCCAAUGGGUUUUUGGCUUUUGUCUUUGAGAUUUUGCCAACUCUGAUUUGUUGGCAAAUUUGGAAGGCAAGGAAUAGGAAGGUGAAGCCGUUGGUGGGGGAGGUUAAGAUAAAUACGGAUGGAUGCUUUAUGGGUAACCCAGGAAGAAGUGGGGGUGGCGGGAUCCUUUGUGAUGAUAAUGGUGGUAUGAUUUUUGCUUUUGCAGCUCCUUUUGGGGAGAUGUCAAGUGUUCAGGCUGAAGCGAAAGCUUUACUUGUUGGACUACAACAAUGUUUAAAUUAUGGGUUUGAUAGGCUGCAUGUGGAGGUUGACUCUCUUUUGUUGGUGCGAAUUUUGCCGAAGAAAGCGGUUUGCCCUUAG